CGUGACAGCCACCGGCAGGAGCCGCAGUUCCAUGGACCAAACACAGAGGAGAAUCCUGGGCCAGCCCCACUCCAUCCCUCCUUCCCAGCCCAAGAGGAAAAGGAUAUCGGUGCUAUCUUUAUUUUCCAAGGUCUCCAGGAAACUGAGAUUCCAGAAGCGGGACCCUCUGAAGAAUGUGUUUUUCAUCUUGGCAGAAAGAGCCCGGGACCCCAGUGCUAAAAAGCGUUGCAUGGCAAUGAGAGGCCUGGGCACCGUGGCCUGUGAAGCCCCCCACAAGGUAAGAAAGUAUAAGAAACUUGUCCUAGAUCUGCUGGUGCGUGGAUUGUAUGACCCUGUGAGCUCUGAAGUCAUCCACGAGAGUGUGAAGACUCUGACCAUCAUGCUGGGGAAGACCCAGGGGAAAGGCUUCGGGUCCUUCUUCAUAGACAUCACCCUUCAGACCAGGACACUGUUAGAUGACGAAAACGACAGUCUGAGAUACUCGGCCUUUGUUUUGUUUGGGCAAUUGGCUACCUUUGCUGGGCAGAAAUGGAAGAAAUUUUUCACCAGCCAGGUUAAGCAGACACGAGAGUCCCUCCUGAUCCAUUUACACGAUAGAAACCCCCGGGUUGCUAAGGCUUGCAAAGCAACUUUUCGAGCCUGUUCUCCAUAUCUGAAACUAAGGAAGGAAUACAGCUUCCAGAGUGAAGAUGAUCAAAGGAACCCUAAACUCUGCCGGCAGCUGAGCCACUAUCAUCCAGAGCUCCUGCAGUUCUUCUAUGCAAAUAAAAUUCUGUAAACGUGGAGCCGCAGGGAGGUGGUUCCAUGUGAGCACAUCGCCAGGGACCUCGAGUUCCUGUUUUAUCUCAUUGGAUACCUCUUCCACUUGCUUCUUGUGAGUGCACUACGAAAGGGGAUGUUAGGAGAGCAAUCAAUGGGAAAACAAAUCCCAUGGAAUUGUAUAAUUAUAUCUAAAGUAAGAUUCUAAGUCUCUUUCACUUA